AUGGGGCUGGAUGGACCUGUUUUCACAUGUGGUGGCAUUCUUACCGGAGAGUCUGGAUUUAUUGGCAGUGAAGGUUUUCCUGGAAUGUACCCUCCGAAUAGCAAAUGUACUUGGAAAAUCACAGUUCCUGAGGGCAAAGUGGUUGUCUUGAAUUUUCGAUUCAUAGACCUGGAGAAUGACAACCUGUGUCGCUAUGACUUCGUGGAUGUGUACAACGGCCACGCCAAUGGCCAGCGCAUCGGGCGCUUCUGUGGCACAUUCCGACCUGGAUCGCUCGUAGCCAGUGGCAACAAGAUGACGGUACAAAUGAUUUCAGAUGCCAACACCGCGGGAAGUGGCUUCAUGGCAACGUACUCUGCNGCUGCGCCAGAUGGAAAAGGUAGCCGUUUUCACACAGGGGAGUGCUCCGGGAGAGCACUUGAAGGGGUGGCUGCACCAGGUCUAAAGCCCACUGUGGCCCUGUGUCAGCAGAAGUGUAGACGGACGGGGACUCUGGAGAGCAAUUACUGUUCAAGCAACUUCGUGUUAGCCGGCACCGUUAUCACGACCGUCACUCGAGGUGGGAGUUUGCACGCCACAGUCUCCAUCAUCAGCAUCUACAGGGAAGGCAACCUGGCCAUUCAGCAGGCUGGCAAGAACAUGAGUGUCAAGCUCACUGUGGUCUGCAGGCAGUGCCCGCUUCUCAGACGAGGUCUCAAUUACAUUAUUAUGGGACAAGUGGGUGAAGAUGGGCGUGGCAAAAUCAUGCCAAACAGCUUUGUCAAGAUGUUCAAGAAUAAGAAUCAGAAGCCCAUGAACGCGCUGAAGAACAAGCAGUGUUAGCCUGAGCUCUGUCACGUAACCUGAACUUGCUCAUCACCGCUGAACGAUCUGUCCACCUUAGAAAAAAAAAACAAAAUCCAUGCUAUUUAAUGCUGAGCGUUCUGAGAGAUGGAGCUGUUACUCCUCACGCGAUCGAUGUGUGAGCCACGCCCCCAGUUCGCUGGUGGAAGGCCUGCGCUGUGAGGUCCAACAUCUGCGAACCCACCCACCCAGUGCCUGACGGGGAAGAGCAGCGAGCUCCGGCAUCUGGAAGCUUGUACAUACAUCUCUGUAGGAGGAUAUUCUAGAGUCGAGUUGUAUGAAGAUAUAAAAAGGAUUUUAUAAAGUGCAAUAUUUAUAAUGAUAUUUGGUUACCUUCAAGCAUUUGCUCUGAGGUGUCACAUUCUUUUUUUCUCUUUCAUUUUUUUUNAAAA